AUGGACGGCAGCCGAUCGUACAAUGGCACCUACGGGGAGAAUGGCGCUCUGCAGGACUGGCAGCGGAAUGCGGAGAGGACUUUGGAGAGGACGGUGGAUCCCGCGCAGAGGUCGAGGCCCGCCGUGCAAGGCACAAUACGUGCUGUGACACCGGAGCCUGUAGAUCAUGGGCUAGGUGCUUCCUAUGGCACUGAGAGUUCAGUAAUACACUCAUCGCCGCGCUCUAUAAAAGGGGGCGAGAAACCCAGGGAUCGACGACAAGGGCUCGUCUUUGAGGAUUCAUACAGCACCGACUCUCUGGAAGGAGCGCCGACUCGGUCUCGCUCUGGUCCGCCUGUGAGCAUGCGCCCCAGAACUCGUACUAUGGACAACGAAACUCACCGCCAGAGACCAACAUCCAAUACUGUGUCGAAGAGCCGGCACCGUAUAGGCUCGGUACAUUCAACAGCUUCCUCCUCGUUCCACGAUGUACUACCCCAAACUUCUCUGGACACAUCAACCUCCCUCGGCUACCCCUCUAUCACACGACCGCCGCCCUCACAACUCCAGAAGUCUAAUUCUGUGAAAGGAGGCCGAAGGCUUGUCAAACGAUCGUCCCGGCCUACUUCACCAAUAUCAACAAUGAGCAGCGAUGUUCCAUCAGUCGAUUCUCUUCCAUUUCCGGUAGCCACGGGAGAUGCCAACAAAAUAUUAAUGUUAAUGAAAUCUUUAUGUGGACGAAUGAAAGGUCAGGUUGAGUACCAGACCGUGGAACACGGCCCUUGGUAUCCGGGGAUAUGUUAUAUUGACGACGUGAAAGGGGCUCUGAUGCACGAGGGUGACGAUAGAGGACCGUUCCAUGUCAUUGUUAUAUCAGAUCUCCGGGGAUGCCGAGUGAAGCCUAUAAACUCAACGGAGAGACAAGUGAAGUGUCUUGAGUUAUCAAAUAGAGCGCAAGGUAUUGAAAUACAUCUUUUGCCAACGGUACAGGCUGAAUUUGACCUCUGGUUGGCGGCUUUACUAUGUUGGCAACAAAUACGAACCGGAACACUCCAAGGCAGUCCUCCCAGGUCAACAGGCGGGGCUUUGUCAGAACGAAAACCAGGCAUCCAAAGACGAGAUUCGAGCUUUAACUCCCUCACAGGUUCUAAAGGUGCCAAUAUCAUCAAAGUUGCGAAGUUACUUCUGUGGGAUAAAGGAGCACCCGCAUCUCCAAGUGCUAUCGUACGGCGGCCUUCAACAAGAGACCUGCGCGGCUCGUCCCGAUCAAGUUGGCGGAGAGUAUCGUGCAUCCUGCAAGACAAUGGAGAAUUCAAGCUUUUGACAGAGAAUGACAUAACCUUACUAUCAGUCAUCCAGCUAUCACAACUAUCUCGGUGUGCUAUCCAACGACUGGAUAGAUCGGUUUUAGAGGAGGAAUACUGUAUAGCCAUUUUCCCACAGUAUACUCCUACGUCAACACAGCUGUCUAUCUUCCGACCAGUGUAUAUUGCUCUGGAGUCACGACUCACUCAUGAAGUGUGGUUCUGCCUUUUACGAGCCUUCGCGAUUCCAGAAAUAUAUGGGCCACAAUCACUCAACGGCGAGCAGUACGAUGAUUUAAGCGUUCCACAGCCUCCGCCUCCGACAAACGACAUGUUCCGCAUCGAGAAGUCCAUAAGUCUACGGCUUGUCGAAGCCAAGAUUCGCAGACCGGUUGUGAAGCCGGAUUCUUUUUCACUUGGUAGAUCUCCAAGGCUGGAACAACAAGACCCCUCAGCGGGAGACUACUUUGCUGAGGUUGUUUUGGACGGCGAGAUCCGUGCAAGGACAACCACGAAGACAGAGACGAAGAAUCCUUUCUGGAGAGAAGAUUGCGAAUUUCUGGAUUUGCCAGCACAUCUACCAAGGCUAUCAAUUGUACUGAAGCAAGUCGAACAUCCAGCUGUUGCGACUCAUGGCUUUCUAUCCUCAUCGAGCAUUCACUCACCGACCACCCAACCUGCUGAGGUACAUUGCGGGAUGGUUGAACUUUCGAUCGACAAGCUUGACCGUGGCAAAGACAGUGAAGCCUGGUACCCGAUACUCGACGAUCAACAAGAGCAGAUUGGCGAGAUCUUCUUGAGGAUACGGCACGAUGAAUUGGUCGUCCUCCUCGCCAAAGACUACCAACCAAUUUCGGAACUAUUGCAUAAUUUUGGAAGUGGACUGACACUGCAAAUCGCCCAAGUCAUUCCUACCAACUUGAAAGCGCUGUCGGAAGUGUUGAUGAAUAUUUUUCAAGUUUCUGGACAUGCUGCGGAGUGGCUGACUGCUCUGGUCGAGGAUGAGAUUGAUGGUGUUGGGAAAGAAACUCCGGUACGACGUCUGAGGUGGAGUAGAAGGAUAGGAUCAAACGAAUCCUUCCACUCCGUGAGCGAUCGAGAACAGUCUGUCCGAGAUAUGGGGAAGUCUCUUCAAGGCGAGGCCAAUCUUCUCUUUCGUGGCAAUUCUCUACUCACGCAAGCCUUGGAUUUCCACAUGCGACGUCUUGGAAAGGAAUACCUGGACGAUGUCCUGUCAGAGAAAAUCAUCGAGAUCAAUUCUCUCAAUCCCGACUGCGAGGUUGAUCCGUCUCGGAUAUCAAAUACUGAAGAUGUCAGCAAAAACUGGAACCUACUCAUAUCUUUGACCACGGAUGUCUGGGACAGCAUUUCUGGUUCUGCAACUCGUUGUCCACCAGAGUUGCGUCAAAUCCUGAAGUACAUACGGGCAGUUGCUGAAGAUCGAUAUGGAGACUUUCUGCGUACUGUUGCCUAUACCAGCGUCUCUGGGUUUUUGUUUCUACGGUUCUUCUGUCCUGCUCUCCUCAACCCCAAGCUCUUCGGACUGCUACGGGAUCAUCCCCAACCAAAAGCGCAACGGACUCUAACAUUGAUCGCUAAGAGUUUGCAAGCUUUAGCUAAUCUCUCGAACUUCGGCCAGAAGGAGGCAUGGAUGGAGCCGAUGAACCGAUUCUUGACAGGCCAUCGACAAGGAGUCAAGGAUUUCAUCGAUUCUGUCUGUGCCAUUCCCGCAGAGAGGAACUCUUUCGCCCUUCCCGCAUCCUACUCCACGCCAAUUACUAUCCUCGCUCGUCUCCCUCCCACCUCACGAGAAGGCUUCCCGUCUCUCCCGUAUCUGAUAGACCACGCGAGAAACUUUGCUGCCCUGGUCAAACUCUGGCUCGAGGCAACCGCCCAUUAUAUGGAGCAACAGAGUCUCGAAGGCGAGCUCUUAGAAUUCAAUCGAUUGUGCAUCAGCCUCCAACGUCGUACUGAUGAUUGCAUCUCAAAAGCCGAAUCCGGAGACCGGAGUAUUGACACCCUGUCGCUGCAAUGGGAGGACAUCGUCGAAAACUUGGAAUCAUCUACCAUCCACGAUGUUGUAAGCUCUCAUCCAGUAGUGCUGGAAGCCGAGAUGCCGCAUUCUCCACCAUGGGCAGAGUACGCGGCGCAUGCCAGCAUCGGAGGAUCCGGAGCGCGUGUAGCGCCAGGCAGUUCAGGAAGUGAGAUGGGUAGUCGUGAGCGCAAAGAGAGGCAGAGUUUCUGGGAAAGCACGUUUGGGAAGGACAGCAAAUAUCAGAGGCCUUACGAACCGGUGGAUGAACAUGAAACUCCGGGGAGACCGCCAGGAAGUCGGAAUGGGAAGCAGCCGAUGAGUUUUCUCAGUGGGUUACGGAGAAAGGGAAAGGGGGGUGGCGAGGGAUCUGUGAGUACCAGCACAACUACGAGUCCUACUGUUGGUAGCUUGGAUAAGGAGACUCCAUGGUCUGGGGGGAUGAUUUGA